CAGCGCUCAUCUUUUGCACUUGGCCCGCUCAUUCAGCGCAAAAUCUGCGAGCGCUUACUGUGGGAUCGCAAUCUGCGUCUGCCCUCCUUGGGACUGCUUUGAUUGGAGUCUGACAUCGCCUUUGCGAUUCCAAUGUGGUCACAGCAUUUCAAUCCGUUGGGCCUCCGUCUUGAUUUCAGGCAGCUGCAUAAGAUAGGCGCUCCCCAUCCUCUUACCUAGACUCAUUCUCUCCUCGAUUUCACCCACCCUACCGUGCUUACCGGUUACUCCAUCUCCAUGCGUUCCAAUUUGGUUGUCUCGAUACUUGCCGUCGUGCUCUUAGCGCAGCAAUCCACGUCUGCCUUGGCGCAGAGACACUCUAGGCACCUCGUCCACGACUUGCGUAUUGCGUUCAGUGCUGUUUCCAAGAGGAGAUACAGCAAUGAUGCUGUGUCCACACAGCAGGUGCUGUAUUGCAAGAACUUACGCCUCGGGUCGGGUUUGCAAUCGGCAAGCACUGGGCAUAUGGUUACCGCUCAGUCAUCCAGCUCAACGGCCCUUGCUCUAUCCCCUACACCCGCAACGAGUACGAGCAGCAACGGUCAGCCAGCCAGUACAACCAUCCCUGCAUCCAGUACGAGUGUGGCUGGCGAUCCGGCAUGGACGCUUGUACAGACAUAUACGGGCUCGACAUUCUUCGACGGCUGGCAAUUCUGGGACAGCGCCAUUGACGGCCCGGACCCCACCGGUGGCGCAGUGGACUAUGUCAAUCAGGCUGAAGCAAUGGCUGGCUUGAUCGAGAUCAACGAUGCUGGAAAUGCUAUCAUCCGGGUCGAAACUACACCUUCAGUGGUAGCUAACCGAAAGAGCAUACGGAUAACCACACAAAUGGCAUUCACUGGCGGGCUGGUUAUCAUGGACUCGCUUCACAUGCCCGCAGGCUGUGGAACUUGGCCGGCGUUCUGGUCUACGGGCCCCAACUGGCCUGCAGGUGGAGAGAUUGACGUGGUUGAAGGUGUCAACGAUAUCCUUGAGAAUCAAUCCACGAUCCAUACUUCCCAAGGCUGCACGCUCCCGAGUAACGACCCGGCGCAACUGAACACGACCGCAGCUGUUGUCACGGCCGAUCUCAAUUGCGUGGCAAACCUUACUGAAACUGCCGGAUGUUGGAUGCAGUCGGGAUCAAAUGUGUCGUUCGGGGCAGGAUUCAAUUCCAUCGGAGGUGGAGUCUAUGCGAUGAAAUGGGACUCCGAGGGAAUUUCUGUCUGGUUCUUUCCGCGCUCGAUCAUUCCCUGGGACAUCUCAUCGGACAACCCGGUCCCGGGCAGCUGGGGACUGCCUGUUGCACACUGGCCAGCGUCCACAUGCAACCCAGAGCAAUAUUUCUCCGCACAUUCCGCCAUUUUCAAUAUCAGUCUCUGCGGACAAUGGGCAGGAACAGUCUGGGGCACCAGCUGUGCGACGUUGACAGGCUUCCCAACCUGCGAAGCAUUUGUUGCGCAGCAGGGCGUGUCGUUUAUCGAAGCUUAUUGGGAAGUGAAGAGCCUCAAGUUUUUCAACUUGACCUCGGUCUUCUGACGCAUGUAUCACAUACAAUGUACAUCCGUAGAAUCGUGCUCGAAUAGGACACUCGCGUAUUAGGAAGGAGGGAAAGAAAGAAGAUCAAUCUCGUGUCAUACAGUAUCACUGAGGUUGUUACAACACAGGUCCUCACGGCGCGACGUAUACACGUCAAGGAUCGGGGGGUUUGGAGCUGCGAGGGAGCGCCAUUCAUGCUGAUUGCGCUAUCCUUGAUUGGUGCGCAGAUGCCCCGCAUCUCCGCAAUUUAGUUCCAAGGAUCCCUCCCACAAAUCAAUGAUACUUACUAGAUCCAAAUAUGAUCAACUUCGAUUGCCACGUGAUGGGAUGCCAUCUUUUUGCUCGUUCCUUCUUUAGACUUUUAUCUCCAGUCUCCGGUCCUCGUCGUCGCACACUGACGUCUGCCGAGAUGUUUCGGUAUCUCCGUCCAAGGCCGAAGGUGAAGCAGCUUUGAUCGAUUCUUCCUUUACGAUCUCGACAAAAAUCCCGCGGAAGCUAAGAAGCUCGCUCAUCAGAACACCCGACUUCCGAGUCCGAAAGUUCCGAGCCUACUGAAUUCACUGACGGAUCCUGAAGGCUGACGGAUCUCACAUGGGAAACCCCAUUAGGCUCGCUGCGACCUGAUUCAGACAGAGCGCUCUCGGCUUGGUAUCAGAUUUCUUCGGUUUUUUUUGGGUUUUGAUGGCUCAUCCGUCGUUGCGGAUCGCGGACGAAAUAAAUAAAUCACGAGCGAGCGACGGGCGCUUGGUCGAUGGAGAGGGAUUUUUAAACCCCCUAAUGUAUCUUCCGUCCGGUAACUUUCGGAACGUCCCUUGGAAUCUGCCGAGGAAACUCCCCACCGAAAGUUCCGCCGGUCCACAACUCACGUCUCGAAGGUUCAAAAGGGGUAAAGACUUCUUUCCCAUGUUAUUGAGCUAAGCGGGAGCCGCCGACAAAGUAGAUCAAUCACUGGCGAACAGGAAGAGAUGGGAAGUUACGACGUCGCUUCGAGCCGCUAUGCCUUCUUAAACCCAGACUUCGUUCCGGACAGUGGUUUCGACCUUGAUUUGAUUCCCCUGGUACCCUCCCCUCCCCGCUUGCCCUCGCAGUCAAGGAUAACGCUGAGUCACUCUCGCGACCCUUUUCGGCACACUCCAUCUAGCCCGCUUUCCAUCUCGAUACCGGGAACACCAAUCACUUUGUACAUACACUCCGAACAUGUCCAGCAUGCCGCAUCAAGCACCUCCCUCGCCGUCAAGCUCGUCCGACUCUGAUGGCUCUAACAACUCAGGCUCGACUGGGCCGCACACGCCGGUGACCCAAUAUGUGAUGCCGACCUUCAUGAACUACACUGGCGAGGAUGGAAUGCCCAAUCUCACCGGUGGAGGCGUGAAGCGCACGGCAAAGACGAUCCGGCGGGUCAACACUGCCGAACGCCGCGCGACGCAUAACGCGGUCGAGAGACAGAGACGGGAAACCCUGAAUGGCCGCUUUAUGGACCUAGCCGGCCUUCUAUCGAAUCUGAGCCAGAUGCGGCGUCCUUCCAAGUCGGCGAUCGUCAAUUCUUCGAUCGCGCAUCUGAAUGCAUCGCGCCGGCACCGAACACUAGGUGCAGCGGAACUGCGGGGCAUGAAGUCCGAGUCCGAUGCGCUGCGAAACGAAGUCAAUGAAUGGCGCUCGCGGGCCGGCAUGCCUCUGCUCGAGGAACCGGCACGCUCCGAUGCAUUUGGGCUGGUGCUCUCUGGGGAACUCGAGUUUGAGCCCGGCGACAUGUUGGACGGGAACGGGGAAGAGGGCGAGCAGGACGACGAGGAGAUCGGCGGUGUCUACGACGGCAGCGGGCGCUACCCAGCCUAUCACCCUGAGCAGGCGGCGCACUACGCCGCUCUUGGUGAGCAGCAUCGAAUGGCUGCAGCUAUGCAUCACGCGCAAGCUCCCUAUGUACACACCCCCGCUCUCCCCGUUUCCCGCGCUGCUUACCACGGCCAUCCAUCCGCUCAUUACUACGACAUAUCUUCUCCGACGAUCGUCACUCAAGGUCUGGCCCCGGGCGUUUACGAGAAUCCGGCGGCCAGUGUCACUUACGAAGCGCACCGUGAGUGGGAAACUGUGUACGACAAGCAGUCCCACCUGCUCCAGCAUCCGGGGCCGCGGCACGCGGGUCAAUGGUGAAGCAGGAAUGACUGACUUUCUCUCGGACUUUCUCUCUCUUUCUCAGCACACUCCUUUAUUUAAGUAUUUACGCUACUUAGACUUGUCUUCUGCGACACCUCUGGGUCCAGCGACCUCUUUACAAGCGUUUGUAGCGGACGUUUGUUGUUGUAUGUACAUCUGCGUCCCGACAUCUCGCCGGGGGUGAAAGCCUUCAGUGUGCCACCGAUCCCCAGUUCGUGCAGAACGUCGGAUGCUUGUCCAACGUGUCAAUCUUGUGGCAACUUGCAAAACAUGAUUCACUCAGCCAAGGAACGACCAGAAGAAGGCGUUCUUUUGAUCACAGGGACAGCCCCCAGAUUGGCCUGUAACCCAGUCGGGGACCGGCUCAGCGGAUGUCGAUAUUAAUAACAUCCGGUUGCGACCGUCGGGGGUCGGCUGGGCCGCUCGUCGAUCUCGCCCUGCAGCAGCAGUGGGAUCACCGAACAGGAAGAACAAUACGUGAUAUGGUAUGACCAGCGUCACCUAGCAGCCCUCAAGAUCCUGCUCGCAACAUGGCUUCCGGUCUCCUAGGCGCCGAGGUCCAUCCCGGCUUCCGGCCUCACGCUGUCAAGAUUGCCUAUGGCUCCGACGGGCUGGAAAGCUUUACUUAGCCAUGGCGGAUCCGAGGGCUUGGUAGACAUGUAUCAGGUCGUCUGGGCAGAUGAGACGGGUUACGGAUGCCAGUCGCAAAUUACGGAGCUCAAUUCAAACUUUUCUGCGUCAAUUUUAUCGGGCAAGUUGUAAUGCUGACGCUAAGUAAUGGAGUGGAAAUGAAGGAAGAAAAGAAGGAUGGUCACAAUCGCGGCACCGAUUGGAUAAUCUUAUCUAUCACAGCCACUGUCGUCAUUGGCGCGAACAAGUCGAACGUAGCGUCACAGUGUGUCCAGCUCGCAUGGCAGCUACAAUCACUCGAUUCUCAAUCGUUACUCUUUUGCUGUUUGCACUCUCUAUUGCAAUCGUCAUCUUCCCCUUCUAUGUCAAAGUUGGGAACAAGAAGAUCCCCAUCAACCUCACCACUGCGCCGAUCCUCGUUAUAGGCAUUUUAUGGGCGUCACAAUGUCUUGGAGCUACGCAAAUACGAGAUGGAAUUGUAGGGACAGCCGGAGUCAAGCCCUAUAACAUCCUCAUUCUGUUUUUCUCCCUCGCAUACAUGGCCAUCACUUUGGAUAUCAGUGGAGUGCUGCAAGCGGCUGCAUUCUGGGUCUCCAACAAAGGUGGAACCCGAGGGCGACGUCUCUACUUCUACUUCUAUGCUCUGAUCACGCUGCUGAGCAUCUUUGUCGGCAACGAUCCAGUAAUCCUGUCGGGCACCGUGUUCCUCAUCUACUAUACGCGCACUGCGGACGUCCAUCCCGUUCCAUGGCUGAUGGCGGAAUUCGCAUCUGCGAACACCGCCAGUAUGGUGCUGGCUGUCGGCAAUCCCACCAACGUUGUCAUAUGCGAAGGAUUCAAUAUCCCUUUUGCGUCUUUCACGUUAUACACGGUACUCGCCUUCCUUGCAUGCAGCCUGUCCUGCUAUGUUGCUCUGGCCCUACAGUUUCGCAAGGACAAGCACGUCCCGCACCAUCUACGGCCGGUUGGGACGCUGGAUGCGAGACAGGCUAUCAGGGACCCGAUCUCGGCCUGCGUUGGAUCCAUCCUGCUGUUUUCGUGCAUUGUGGUCAUCCUCGUGGUCAGCUUCUUCAAGAUCGACGUAUGGAAGAUCAGUCUGCCGUUCGCGGGGGCCAAGUUCCUCUUCGACUUGGUAUGGGACUAUCUACGCAACAGGCCACUGCCUGUAGAUCCGAACGAGAAGCCCGCGUCCUGGAGAGAAACUCUUUCUUCUCGCUUCGUGACAGUGUCUACCGCGUUGCCCCGGCUCCCGUUCGGGCUGAUUCCCUUCGCCUUUUCCCAGUUCAUCCUCAUCGAGGCGCUGGCACACCAAGGAUGGAUCGAUGUUUUCUCCCGCUGGCUUGUGACGGCGUCCGGCCGGUCCAUGCACCCGACGAUCUGGCUCGUCGGUGUGCUCACCGUGCUGCUUUGCAAUGUGGCUGGCACCAAUAUCGGGGCAACGAUCCUGAUGACGAAAGUCGUCAGCCAGGCAGGGCUUCCGGUGCCCAGCAACCGUGCAGCGGGCGUUGCGCUCGCCGUGGCCAGCAACAUUGGCGCUGUCAGCUUCACCUUUUCGGCGAGCCUGGCCGGCCUAUUAUGGAAAGCAAUUCUGAAACAGAAAGAAGACGAUAUCGCUGCAGAGGAGCGGCUCUCGGAAAAGUCCGAAUCCGAGCCAUCCUUCGCGGACCGCCUGAGCAUAUCGCAAGUGCUCUUCGCAAAGUGGAAUAUCCUGCCCUUGGUCGUAAUGACCGGCGUCGGCCUCGCUGUUGUCUCGGCAGAGAUGGCCGUGCUGUAUCGAAUUCUCCCCUCCCCUCCCUCAAUGUCGCAUCUUCGCCAGUGCAAUGCUUCAACUGCCAUACGGGCUGCGACGGCGCCGACCUCCCCACCCACUCGAGCAUCUAAAGCGCCCGGGAGCUCCAAACAUGUUUUAUACUUUAUCGCGAAUGGGACAAUGCCAUGUGUCGGAAAGGGCAAAGAAAGGGCAGCGGAAGGCUUCCCCCUGACCUCGAGCGUGGAUUCUCCCGGUCUAGUCUCGCCUCACACCAUUCUCAAGGAAGCGCGUAGAGGGAGCAUGGCGGUGCCCCGCAGCGUCCCGGGCCCAUUCAUGUUUCUCAAACGAGUGCAGUCUAGCCUACAUGGAACUAUGAUCGCGGCGAGGGAGCUGGAUGACGCGUGGCUCCGCGGUGAAUCCGGUCGGAUCGUAUGUAUGAAGGUCUUCCGAAAACGAGCGGCAUACAAACGAGAUCUGUACUCCGGCAUCGUACAAGAGAUUCUGGCGUACAGGAAUUUGGCGCGCGCUAGUUCGCGAAAUCCCGGACGCGCUUUCGUAAUGGAUCUCGAUGCGGCUUUGCAGGACGAGACGAGGCUGUUCUUCGUCAUGGAACUAAUGGACUGCGAUCUGCUAGCUGUUAUGAAUGGACACCGGUUUCCCCGGCGGAGCAAUGCCCCUCGGUGGAUUUGGCAAAUGGCGUCGGGCAUAUCUGCUAUUCACGAUGCCGGUGUUAUCCAUCGAGACAUCAAGCCGGAGAACGUCUUGGUUGACCCUCAAGGGAAUGUGCGGAUAGCUGAUUUUGGAGCUGCCUACGUGGAUCUAGUGGCCCAUCCGCUGGAUCCUUAUGACUGUUGCACAAGUGAUGUCACCGGGACCUGGUCUUAUAUGGCGCCUGAAGUGCUCUUCAACCGCAAAAAGCCGCGGUGCGAGCGCAGACCCUACGGGCCUCCGGUGGACUACUGGUCACUCGGAUGUGUUGCAUACGAAUUGCUUUCGGAUGAGGCUUCUCCCUUGUUUGCUUCCGAGCAGGACAUGUGCGCAUUUUUGACUUGGCGGGGCCCCGACUCGUUUCCUCUGCGAUGUGGCCUUGACCAGAAUGCGCAGUGUCUCGUGUCUGGGGCAAGUCUGCAGCUUUGGCCCAGUAAGAAAACUGACAGUCUGCAGCUCACGAACAUCGAGGCUUCAAAACGAUUUGGUAUCAAGGAUCUGCGCGGGCAUCCUUUCUUCUGUAACAAGGACCAGGCCAUAGAAAUCGAUUCCGUCAUUCGCCCAAUACGAGAGCGCAGGCGAUUGUCUCAUAUAUUUACUGAAGACCCGCAGCUGGGCGAACAACAUCGCGAAAUCUUCACUCCUACCAUUGAGGGGGAGCAUCCCUUCGAGCAUUUUGGCUGGGUCAAUCCAAAGGGAAUUUGGGCAGACUUGCGCUCCUUUCCAAUAAACGCGAUGAGCACGACGCCCGCGCCACGACGUUCUACGCGUGAGCGGAAGAAUGUCCCCGUCGUGACUCCAGAUGACGCGCUAACGAAGGGCAAACGAAAGCGCGCGACUAGUGUUGACGAAGACGAAGACGACGAAGACGACGACCCGAAGCCUAGGCGGAAGACAAAACAAUCUGCUGCUGCUGCUAAGAAGCCACGCAAGACGGCGCGUAAGGUGAAGGAGGCUCAAGACGCGUUUGAUCCUGAUGAGGCCGCGAAAGACUCCAAGAUCAACGCAGACAACCCGCUCUUUAACGCGAUUCUUAAUCCUGCCGCCGCCCUGCAAUCGACAGCUGAAGACUUCCUCGAGUCGUUGGACCAAUCUCCCGAGCUGGCAUUGGCAGAGCUCGUCAACCUUGUCAUGCGAGCAUGUGGGUGUAAUGAAACUUUGAGCGCAGAUCAGGUCGCCGACUUCGACGGGAUCAUCGAUACUCUAGACGACGUGACGGAGGAGUUGAAGAAAGAGCAAUCUCUUACAGCAUAUCCACUCACGUCGAGGCUGCCAGUCUUCAAGAAGUUCCGAAAAUCGUUGCACGAGUUUCUUGACCGUCUGAUAUCCUCGGCGGCCUCACUGGGCUUCCUCUAUAAAUCAGAAAUGAUUCCGACGCUACAGGCUUGGGUCAUUGCCAUGUCCAGCUCCAACAUCCGAAGUUUCCGACACACGGCCACAGUUGUGGCUCUGGAGUUGGAAACCGCGCUUUGUGAAGUGGCUGCUGCUGUUGAGAAGGAGGCAGAGUUGAAUGCCCGUCAACGCGAGGGAGAGAAGAAGCGCCGUGCCGGCAAAGCGGCGGCCACUGCUCAAGACAAGGGUGCUCUGGACAGCAAGUCCACGGAAAUCCGUGCCCGACGCGAUAAGCUCAAGGAGUUCAUCAAAGACUUUGUGGAUGGGGUGUUCAUCCAUCGUUAUCGAGACUUGGACCCCCUCAUCCGAGCGGACUGCACACUAGCCUUGGGCGAGUGGUUCACGAAACAUCCUGCUCAUUUCCUCGAUGCUGCCUAUCUGCGAUACAUUGGCUGGGUUCUCUCAGACAAUGCAACGCCUGUUCGCCUCGCUGCCUUGAAAGCGCUCACGGGGGUAUACGCACAGCCUACAUACGCUCCUCAAGUGCACCAUUUCACGGAGCGCUUCAAGGGGCGUCUGCUCGAGAUGGCUGCACGCGAUGCGGAGCCUGCCGUGCGGGUGGCUGUUCUUGGUGUGCUGGAGCAACUGGGCGCGACCGCAUUGGAGGACGACGAGCGCGAGCAAGUUGCCUUGUGUGUAUUCGACAUAGAACCCAAAGUGCGGCGUGCCGUGGGCGGAUUCGUGCGGACGUGUUGGGAAGAAGCUCUGGAGGAGCGGCUGAUCGGGCAUCAGGGGAAAGUCACGGAUGACGAAAAGGCCAAAGCGGGUGUCAAGGCAUUCGGAAGUGUGCUGGUCCGAUGGGGUCGUCGUCUAGAUGCAGACGAGAAUGGAGAGCUGGACGGAUCCCAGGCCGAGAGCGACAGCGGAGAGUCUCGUCCAGGGAGAAUCAGCAAGGCCCCUGGGCACCUUUCGGGAACAUCCGCCGAAGACCGGAUGGGUCGUGCAGGGAUCAUCGUCGAAGCAUUGUGGGACGAAGUGGAUGUUGUCAGGGAUUGGGAGGCGGUGCUCGACGUUCUGCUACUAGAUCACUCCUCAGCAGGUGAUGGUUCCGCUCCUCGCAAGGGCAAAGCAAAUGGCAAGUCCGCUGCCUCUAAGCGGACUGACGACAGCGUGAUUGACGAGGCAUGGCGGUUGGACGAGGAUGAAGAGACUGUUCUCCUGGAGGUCUUUGUCGCCUGUCUAAAGUAUGCCAAAGAAUUUGUCAAGAAGGGCAAUGAAGAUGCGAUAGCUAAUGACAUCACACGCGAACUUAUCAAAGGCCUACCCCGACUAAUUAUGAAAUACCAAACUGACCAGAAUCGCAUUGCGAAUGUAUUGACGAUACCCACUCUACUGAAUCUCGAUCUCUACCUGGAGAUGCGAAUGAUCACGAGCUACGCGGCUCUAUGGGACGACAUGAUCAAACAGUUCUUGUCACAUUCUUCUCCGACGGUCCUGAACGUAGCUGUUCAGUCACUGAUGUAUCUCAUGACGGCGACUUCGCUGUCGAACACCAACAACACCAAAAUCCUUGAACUCGAGGAUGAAUUAUCAUCGGCCCUACAUGCUGCUGUCGGCGGACGCGAUGAAAUCGAGGUCGCCACCUUCGAUGAGGACGAGGUGAUCGCCCUUGCAGCACUAUGCGCGAGAUUGUCUGUGCUGAGCGGCUACCGUGAUCUGACUGGCUGGAUGGAAGAGGAGGAAGACGGCAAGCAAGCCAGUGCGCUGAAUAUCUUCCACGCGCUUGUUGAUCGCGGGAGACUCGGUUAUAAGGAGGAGGGAUUCAUGAUCACUCAAGCACUCGAGGUGCUCACAAAACAUCUUUUGUGGAAGACAAAAAAGCUUCGACCUGAGGAUGACAUGAGUGAGGAGGCUGUGGCUUACCGCGAGAAGCUCCAGGAACAGCGAGAUAUGUUUUUGGAGAAGCUGGUCGAGUACUCGGUUGGAACUCAGUCGAACACGUCCGAGGCGGUCCAAAGAACGGCCUUCAUGUGCCUCGUGAACAUGUAUAUCCUAUUUGGCGAGCGGAUGUCCAUCACGCUGGACGACGAGGUUCAGUUCCGUUGUGCAGGAUACGUUCAAGCGCAAGUGGAGCGAUACGCAGAAACGUUGGAUAGUGACGACGCCGAGAAGCCCAGAGACGUGGACCCCAACUCUACAUCACAGCUCUUGACAGAGUAUUCCUUCAUCGAGCUCAUUGUCACGUUCCUCCGCGCGAUCAAAACCGGUGUGUUGCAUGUGCGGCAUACUGCCAUUCUGCUGCCCCAUUACGGCCGACUGGGCAGUACAUUCGACCAGUUCAUCAAAGUCAUUGUCGAUUUGCUCAGGGAAGACGCGUUGGAACAGGACCACAGUGACGUCGUUGUCACAGUCAUCAACAAGUCCUUGGAAGAAGCCUUUACGAUGGUCUUGGACGAAGUCGUCGAGGACGAAUCGAACGUGGUGCAGCUGGCUAAACAUCUGGCGACCACCUUCACCCUACGGGGCGCACAUCUUGCUGUCUUGAAGCGCAUGGAGGUUCAGUAUAUUGUGCAGAUUCAGACGACAGCCUUGUCUUGGCUUGCCAAGCGGAUUGAGGGCUACGAGGCCAACGAGAACAAGCGUGGUUUGAAGAUCGCUACGACGUGCUUCCGAGCGCUGGUUCCGCUGCUAUCGAACAUACAGAGUCGUGAUGCGAUGAAGAUCAAAGCGCAUCUGGAUCAAGUGCUUGCAGAGGCGAGUGUCGAGCUUUCCUCGACGUCCAAGAUCUGGGAACCAUUGCGAGCGUAUGAGAAAAGGCUACAGGCGAUUUUGAAUAAGGAGAAAGUUCCUGGCACGAAAGGCCGCAAGGUCAAACUGUCGAGGGGUGAUGGCCUUACAUCCAGUGAGGACGAAACCGAAAUGGAGCAGUUGGUUGAGGAAGAGGCAGCCGCGCGGCCGAAGCCUCGGCCUAGAGCACGCAAGCUUUCAAAGAAGAAGAAGAAUAGCAAGAAUAGUGACGACGACGACGAAGAUUGCGAUGCUCCCGCGCCGAAAUCAAAGCCUCAGCGUAGAGCUCGUCGACUCGCCGACAACACUGUGGCGAGCGGCGCUGACAACGAAGACGACGCCGAGGUCGAUGUUGUUCCAACUCCUCCUCGGACUAGGCCUCGUAGGCUGUCGACCAAGAAGACUCCCGUGACUGAGGUAGACACAGACGGAGUUGAUGAUGAUGAUGAGGAGGACGAGGACGAGGACGAGAAUGGGGAGGACGAGCCGGCGCCGCCCACUCCGAAAGCGCGCCCUCGGCCACGCGCUACAUACCAGAGCAAAGCAGCUUCGCCGCUACCUCCUCAAGCAUCUUCUCCGGCCCCCAGUGCUCUGUCAGAUGUGGCUGCCCCGUCCUCUGCCAACUCGAAGAAGCGCUCGCGGCCAGACGAUGCGGAUGUCGAAGACAAAGUGCCAGAGACGCUCCGAAGAGAGUCGGAACGCGAGGCCACGCCUGUGGGUGAUAUGCAGGUCCGCCGAAAACGGGCCAGGCGUUGAGGAUGACUGUUGUUGUUGUAACUUAUAUCACUGCUCGCUUUGCAUUUGCUCUGAGUGUAUUACUAGAUUUUUGUUGUAUGUAGGCCCUUUUGUCGGGUUUGCCAAUGUGGACAUGCAAGUGUUGGGUGUUCUUCGUAUCAGAGCUGUUAGUCCUUGCAAACUUGGCCCUUGGCUGCGUGUAUUUGCCACAGUCCGAUUGCAGAGAAUGUCCCUUCCCCGUUAUUUGCCACAGUCCGACUGCAGAGAAUGGCACAGUAGCCGCGCGGAGAUUACGGAGUGCUGUCGAGGAUGGCGGUGCCGUGCGACCGGCAAUGGGGUGAUCAGAUGGAGGCAUUUAGGUGGGCACGAGAAUGGGCGCAGCCCGGGCCUCGCAAUGGCCAAGGGAUUUAUCAGACUCGUCUUUAGCGGCCUAUGUCCGCAUUCUGCAUAGAUGACGAGAAUGCACUGUGUUCUCAGAUAGAAAUGAGUCCAAGCUGGCAUCGGCCGGCCGCCGAAAUCUCAUCUGUUCGCCGGUUGACCUGCACCCCAUUCCUGUCCGGACCCUCGACGUCCCAUCUCUCCCAUCUUUGUGGUGCAGUCCCACCGGUUGCACAGAUAGAUCUCCGCUUCUUCUUCCCAUCGGUGGCCAACAGUGCGACUCGGAGAACUCGAUAUUGGCUUCGCUUUCACCCCUGCCCGCCCGUCGUCACGGCUGUACUCCAUUCGCCACCCGGGGCGCAUUCAUCGCACACGCGCGGAGAUGCUAUUGCCAGCACACGGGGUCGAGUCGCCAGCGCUCCCCCGCCAGGCUGAGGGCGCUGCGCUGCGCACAUACCCCGACGUCAGGCUGUCGUACGGUCCCCUGCUCAUUGGGGUGUUCGUCAAUUUGAUGUUAUAUGGUGUCUUCGUCGGCCAGGCGCUCACGUACUUUCAAAGUUUUGUGUUGGUGCCUCGGUCCGGGUCGACUGCGGGCAGUGGGGGGAUUGCGGGCGGACGCCAUUCGGGAUCGCGGCCGGCGAUGCACAGGGACACUUGGCCAAUCGUGUUCCUCGUCUCGUAUCUGUGCGUGAUAGAGACCAUAAACACCUUUUGCGACAUGGGGAUAGUAUACCAGCCGCUGAUAUUGGACUACGGACAUGACCUGGACCACUGGCCGGCGCUGUUCUGGACAGAGCCCUUGUUGGUGGUCCUGGUCUCUACCCCAAUCCAGAUAUUCUUCGCAUACCGCAUCUGGGCUCUGACGCACUCGCGAUGGCUCCCCUGCAUCGUCAUCGUCUGUGCGGCUACUUCGCUGGUCGGCGGGCUUGCCACAACGUCUCGCGUCUUGUUACUCGGGACCUUCGCCAGCAAACCAGCCUUGCACCCUCCGGCUCUCGUUUGGCUUCUCGGAAGCGCGGUCUCAGAUGUUUGUGUCACGACAGGUCUCGUCUGGGGCCCUCGGGGGUUGUCACAUCGCAAGACUGGCUUUCUUGCUACGGACGGUGUCAUUGACCGGAUCAUACGAACGACCAUCCAGACUGGCAUGAUGACGUCGAUGUUCAGCAUUCUCGACGUUAUCUGUUUCAUGCUGCUCCCGCAUAAUGCAAUCAACUUCGUUUUCGACUUUCCUCUGAGCAAGCUGUAUUCAAAUGCACUGCUCUCGACGCUGAACCAUCGCGCGCGACUGGGUGCACAGGCUAUGUCCGACUCGCAAGAUACACAGUCCGUUCGAGACGGUGUGCGGGGCUGUGGAUGCGACCAUGACGAGGGCCGUCGAGAACCCGGCACAUCGCAUGCCCUGGUCUUCGAGGACAUGGCCCUCGUUUCCGGCGGCGUGGGGUUGGCCACGACCGGCUUCGGGGAGCUGAAAUUGGAUGAAGAGGAUGCGAUCGACGAGGAAGGCGACAUAGAUGGAGAGAAAGAAGGGCUUGAAGAACUAGACAUCGUCGAGACUCCUCGAGAUCGGCGAGAUAUCCAUCCUGGUUGCCGUCCGCCAUAAGGGACCACCCACUUGCUUUCGUCUGUUUUUUUUUUGGAUCCGCAUUGUAUUAUCUCCUGCAUUUAUCGCACUGUUUAUCGAUAUACUAUCAUCAGCUUGCUCGCUAUAACGCUCAUUAUUUCAGUUCAGUCGUGUGUGUAAUGUUAUCCGAAUGCUCCCGUGGUCAAACAACGAAUAGCAAAGCUUGCUGGCACCUUGUUGGCGUCUGGUAUGCUUGAAGC